AUGGCAGAGCACCUCAACGCAAGAUCCAUCUACGCCUGCAUUCGCACCUGUCGCUCCUUCUACCGCUCCUUCGUCCCUCGCCUCUGGUCUGACCUGAGCGUCAAGCAAUACAAGCGUGAACCAAUAAACGCAGACCUUGUCCGAGCCAACACCCACCUCGUCGAGGCCAUCAGCUACUCCUCAACCCUCACGGACGACUACUACACCAUCGUCUAUCCUCGCCUGCACACCCUACGAUUCGACACAGUUUACGCGGAAGGGAAUGUGCCCACCAACCUACAAGUUACGCCGCUUCAGAAGGUCGAGUUUGCUCGCCAUCAUCCAUCUAUCAGGAAAUUGAUCUACCAUCACAAGGACACUCUACCAAGGGAGUUCUGGGAGGUUGUUGAGACAGAAUGGACAGAGCUAGAGUCUUUGGAGAUGUCUGGUAAUGUCGAGGCCGAUGCUGUGGACCCCUUUUGGAGGGCAUGUGAUCGAGCCAAGACCCUUUACUUUUCCCAUCUGUACCUCCCCGAGAGCGUUCCUAUCCUGUCGACACUAUCUUUUCAGCGUCUCCAGGACUUGAGGAUCAAGAAGUAUCCUUGGCAGAAAUGGACUCCUCACAGGAUGUGGCCCAUGCAACUGCUGGAGCAGGUCAGGAGUUCAGAGAGACUCCAGCGUUUGGCGUGGGAUGUCAAUGACGUUGCCUUUCCUGCCCGGAUGAUCAUGGACGCAUUUGCAGAGGAUUGUUGGCCGGACUUACAACAGCUCAUCAUAGGCGACACGACUUGUUCUGAUCAGGACUUGGCAGGAGUCCUUGGAGCAGUGACGUCCCGGAGGUUAACUGUCUUUGAGUAUGCGAACGGCAAGCUCGGACCGUUGACAUACAAGUGCUUACAGGAGCGGUACUUUAGGCACUUAAAAGAUUUGAACCUUGGGAAGUGUACUGGCGUGACAAGCGCGAUGGCUCAGGAGAUCCUCAUGGAGUGCACACAACUUGUCGACUUUGAUGCCCCCCACAUCUUUGUCCGAGAUAUCGUCAAGGCGUCGAAACCAUGGGGCUGUUCAAAGAUCCAGACUCUGGUGAUAUACAUCGCCAAGCAACCGGAUGACGAGGCAGGAUGGGAUGGCCUCGUCUUUGAGCAGAUUUCAAAGUUGCGCUGGCUACAGAGUCUGGACUUGCAACGGGAUCCCCAUUGCUCGUACUUUGAGGAAGAGUCCCGACCGGAAGAAAUCACGGAUCUGGCGACACUGGACUUUCGACUCGACGCUCGAUCGAAAACAGUCGCCGACGACCACAGCGGAGGAAAUGAAAGAGGUGGUGUCGCCGAUAUUAGGUGCUGGUCAAGUUUGGUGCAAUUGAAGGAGUUAUCGUUUGAUGGCGACCGACAGGCACUAGGGAUGGACGAGCUUGUGUGGAUGACGGAGCAUUGGAGAGACCUGUGGUGUAUAUGUGGGGGGUUCAAGGGGAUUGUGAGCCCUGAAGACUGCAUCAGACGGGAUCAUCUUUGCCUCCAGUCGGGCCUGUGGAUCUUUGACUAG